UCUGGCCUGGCGCUUCUGUCAUUGGUUACUCCGCCUUACCCAUCGUGCAGUGCAGGAAAAUCAUGGCCGGGGUUCUGAAGAAGACCACUGGUUUGGUUGGAUUGGCAGUUUCUCAGAAUCCUCAUGAGCGCCUGAGGAUAUUAUACUCAAAGAUACUGGCCACACUGCAGACUGUACCUAGGGAUGCAGCAUAUCGAAAAUACACUGAGCAAAUAGUAAAUGACAGAUUUAAUGCAGUAAAGGCGGAGUCUGAUAUCCAGAAACUUGAGAAUAGAAUUAAUUCUGGCCAAAUAGAAGAAGUCAUUCAGCAGGCGGAAAAUGAACUUCACCUUGCUAGAAAAAUGGUGGAAUGGAAACCUUGGGAACCUUUAAUCGAAGAGCCUCCCGCUAAUCAAUGGAAGUGGCCCAUCUAGUGCUGUCAUUUUUGUAAAUAUGUGUAUAAAUUCCUAAGGAGAACGCAUUUUGAUGUGUAUUGUUUGCUCUAUGGAAAAUAAAAUUUCAAAGAAAAGUC